AUGAAGAGCUCAGCCGUUGGAUUCGUGUUUCUCCUCCUGAUUACUGUAUUUUUGAUUAGAAUGGCUUCAUCUGGUAAGUUUGUGGUUUAUAUUGUAGUAGAGCUGAGCUUUCUUGUAGUAAACCUAUUUUGUAAGCAAAGUAUUGGUUUUAGAGGGCGGUAACAGAGCUGGAAAGGUGUACAUAUCGGGUUGUUCAAAUAGUCCUGAGCCCCCUCUCAAACCACAUUUUUGGGGAUAGGGGCACAUAAUUGUUUGAACAAUCUAAUAUUAUGAAUUUUCCCCUAACUUCUUCAUUAUUUUCCUAAUAAAUGCCUCAGGGGCUUUUAAGGCUUAAAAGAUGAUUUAGGGCCGAAAGCUUUCGCGGUAGGGGGCGAGUACGGUAAAGUUUUAUCAUCAUAGGGAUGUGGAAGGUAAAAAAAUAUAUUUUUUUAAUUUUUAGCAAUACAACAAGACUGUAAAAGCCAAUGUUCAAAUUGUGAAGGCUACAAAGAGCGGUUCCAAUUUGGAGAGAACCGUGUUAUUAAUGGUACCGAACGUUGUGUUUGCCUGAAUUACCAGCCAAAAGUCAACUUAACCGACUUCAAUAAGGAAUUGUGA